AUGCGAAUUCUGAUUCAGUACCUGGAGAGUCCGGGUUGGGUGCUGACAUUCUGCAUUUCUAAGAAGUUCCCAGGUGAGGGCGCUGCUGCGGCUCAAUGUCCGGGUUUUGAGCGGCGAGGUCGCAGAGAAGAUGGUAGAGCUAGCUAUGAUCCCAAUCUGUUUUUGUCACAUUUUAGAAAAUGUGGAGUCUCCCUUCCAGGAGCCAGCAACUGUGGCAUUCAUCCAGAAUGCAACCCCAGCCUGCGCUUAUAUGGCUGUGCGCUGUACGAGGAAGAGCUGCAGGGGAUAGACCAGAACCCUAUGAUGGAUGACAGGGACACGUCCUGUAGGGGCAAUGCUUUUGCAGAUGCUGCUACCGGCAGGAGCCCUGUAGUAUCAGCCAUAGUCAAUCCCACGGUGUUCUUCAACAUUGCCGUCAAUGGUGAGCCCUUGGGCUGCGUCUCCUUUGAGCUGUUUGCAGACAAGGUUCCAAAGACAGCAGAAAACCUUCGUGUUCUGGGCACAGGAGAGAAAGGAUUUGGUUGUAAGUGCUCCCGCUUUCACAGAAUUAUUCCAGGGUUUAUGUGUCAGGGUGGUGACUUCACAUGCCAUAAUGGCACUGGUGGCAAGUCCAUCUAUGGGGAGAAAUUUGAUGAUGAGAACUUCAUCCUAAAGCAUACAGGUCCUGGCAUCUUGUCCAUGGCAAAUGCUGGACCCAACACAAAUGGUUCCCAGUUUUUCAUCUGCACUGCCAAGAGUGAGUGGUUGGAUGGCAAGCAUGUGGUCUUUGGCAAGAUGAAAGAAGGCAUAAAUAUUGUGGAGGCCACGGGGCACUUUGGGUCCAGGAAUGGCAAGACCAGCAAGAAAAUCACCAUUGCUGACUGUGGACAACUUGAAUAAGUUUGACUUGUGUUUUAUCUUAACCACCAGACCAUUCCUUUUGUAGCUCAGGAGAGCACCCUCCACCCCAUUUGCUCGCAGUAUCCUAGAAUCUUUGUGCCCUUGCUGCAGUUCCCUUUGGGUUCCAUGUGUUCCUUGUUCCCUACGCCUAGCUGAAUUGAAGAGUUGAGUUAAGUUUAUGAUUAUGAAAUUAAAACUAAAUAACUAUAAAAAGUUAGCCCCAUUUUGGGGUGGUGGUUGCAGAUGCUAAGGGGCAGCAUCAAGCAGUGAUUAGAAUAAGCAUCAAGUCAGGAAAUGGAUUCCCAUGUACUCACUACUCUUCCCUGUCCAGCUUAUUGUUGAAUGUAGAGUCCAGUUUUCUGUGUGCUAGAAAUUUCAUCUCGAAUCUUUUUUUGAAAGAUACUGAUCAUAAAGAGAAAAAAAAAGGGAAGGAAGGAGGCAAGGAAAGGAAAAGAAAAAGAAUUAACAGAAAAAGUGCGGCCAGGCGCGGUGGCUCAUACCUGUAAUCCCAGCACUUUGGGAGGCCAUGAUGGGUGGAUCACUUGAGACCAGGAGUUCAAGACCAGCCUGGCUAACAUGGUGAAACCCCGUCGCUACUAAAAAUACAAAAAUUAGCUGGGAGUGGUGGUGCACACCUGUAAUCCCAGCUACUCGGGAGGCUGAGGCAUGAGAAUGGCUUGAACCCAGGAGGCGGAGGCUGCAGUGAGCCGAGAUCGAGCCACUGCACUCCAGCCUGGGCAACAGAGUAAGACUCUGUCAAAAAAAAAAAACCAAUAUACAAAAAACAAAAAUGGUGGGUGAACUCUGUCAUCUUCAUUUAUUCUAAGGUAGAUAGGAUGGGUAUUAUUGGCCCAUUUUACAGAUUUGGAAGACAGGUGAUUUGCCUAGGAUCAUUGGUGAGCUGAUGAUAGGACCAGGACACGAAGCUGGGUCUUUUGCCUCUUCCUGGUCUGGCAUAUGCUGGAUGGCAGCUCCUGCCUGAACUUGAUAAACUGCCCUGUGCAGUAGCCAUGAGGUGAGAGAAGCAGGCUGCUACGAUGGCCUCCCUCUCUGCAGCCUCCGUAGAGACAGGGACUACCCAUCAGCCGUCCUUGUGAAAGAGAUUAAUUCAGGAAAAUCUCCUGAAAGCAGAAUGUGACUCAGAAAAAUGAUUCUUCUGACGUCAGUAAUAAGAACCCCUCCCUGCACACAUACAAUCUUUGAGUAGUCAUACUUUUUGGAAAAAGCAUAAACAGCCUUUGGGUAUACGCUAAAUUUUUGGACUGCUGAACUUGUCUUUUAUAUCACCCUGCCAUUACUUCAGGCA